UCAGAAUUGACCCACAACUGUCAUUGCUGCUGCUGCUGCUGCUGCUGCUGCUGCUGCUGCUGCCGCCGCCAACAAACCCACAACCGAGUCCAGAAACCGAGCGGUUUUUGAUAGUCACCGAGAUGUGGCUCUUGAUUUUCUUAGCCUGGCUGGUUGUGUGGGUCGCCGGCUCGUACUGGUACCUGUUUGGGAAACGCAGCCCGUUCUCCCUGGAGUCGGUGAGGCCUCCCGGGCCUCGUGAGUUCGAUCAGAAGAAGCGGGACAAAGUCAUCAAGCAAGGCUUCAACAUUGACAAAGUGCCCCAGAACCUGGACGUCAUCGUCAUCGGCAGCGGCAUCGGUGGGCUGACGGCCGGAGCCACGUUGGCCAAAGCUGGGAAAAAAGUGCUGGUGCUGGAGCAACAUGACCAGGCUGGAGGCUGCUGCCACACCUACAUCGAGAAGGGCUUCGAGUUUGACGUCGGGCUCCACUACAUUGGUCAGGUCCACGAGAACAGCCUGCUACGCAUCGCCUUUGACCAGAUCUCUGAGGGCCAGCUGGAGUUUCAGGAGCUAAAUCAACAUUUUGACACCAUCCAGAUCGGCCAGGGCGACGAGAAACGAGAGUACACCAUCUUCUCCGGUAAAACCGAGAUGAAAGCUCACCUGAUGAAGCAGUUCCCUGAUGACACGGAGGCCAUUGAGAAGUUCUUCAAAAUCAUGAAGGUGUCGGCUAAGAAGACCCACUAUCUGGCUACACUGAAGCUGAUCCCACAGUGGGUGUCUUUGUUCCUGCUAAAAUCUGGCAUCGGAAACCUCUUCUCUGAAAUCUUCCGCCUCUCUGGCACAUGUGCAACGGAUCUGGUGAACACUCUGACCAGCAACAAGGAUCUCCACAUCAUCUUCUCCUAUCUUUUCUAUGGCGUGCCUCCGAAGGAUUCCAGUAUUGUGAUCAAUGCCCUGUUGAUUCAUCACUACAAGCGAGGCGCCUACUACCCAAAAGGCGGCGCCAGCGAGAUCGCCUUCCACAUCAUUCGCACCAUUCAGAAAUAUGGAGGCAACUGCAUGGUCAGAGCGCCCGUCUCCCAGAUCCUGGUCAACGAAAAGGGGGCAGCUUAUGGUGUGAAGGUGAGGAAAGGUCAAGAGGAAGUGGAGGUCCGUGCACCUGUGAUCGUUUCAAACUGUGGCAUCUUCACCACCUUCCAGAAACUUCUACCCCCCGAGAUUCGAGUCAGACACGAUGUUCAGGAAAGGCUGAACAUGAUGAAACACGGCAGAGGAUCAUUCUUGGUCUUCUCUGGCUUUGACGGAACUGAGGAGGAGUUGGGCCUUGUGUCCACCAACUUCUGGCUGUUCAAGAACAACGAUAUGGACAAGUCGAUGGAUGAUUUCUUUGCACUGAGCAAAGAGGAAGCCCCUGAUAACAUCCCCAUGAUGUUCAUCACAAUGCCAUCGUCCAAAGAUCCUGAAGCCAAAAAAAGGCACCCCGGGAAAUCAUGCAUGACAAUACUGACCAUGGUUAAGUAUGAAUGGUUUGAGGAAUGGAAGGACACUACUGUCCGCAAAAGGGGCGAUGAAUACUACAACUACAAAAUGAGAUUUGCCAACAACCUCUUUAACUGGGCCUGCACCUUGUUCCCUAAAAUCAGAAACAAGUUGGUUUUCCAGGAUGUGGCGACCCCACUGACCAACAUGCACUACCUGGGGGCUCAGCGCGGAGCCAUGUACUCGGCCGAACACAAUUUAGACCGUUUCCAUGCUGAGGCUGUUGCCAGGAACAGGUGCAACACCCCAAUCAAAAACCUCUACAUCUCAGGCCAAGAUGUGUUCAGCUGUGGGAUAGCGGGCGCUCUGCACGGAGGCCUCCUUUGCGCCUCGGCAGUGUUGGAUCACAUCGUCUACAUCGACUUGCUCCUCCUCAAGAAGAAGCUUAAGAGGAGGAAAGCCAGGGAGCUGGCCCAGCUGGCCGAAAAGAAACUGCAGUGAAAGUGCUCUCUACUUCCCCUGCAGGACUGUGGUGUAAUUGCGCAAACUUUGUGCAGAAGACCCCUUGAGAGGCAGGAACACACCAUCAUUGUGUUGUAAAUCUGCCCUAUAGACUCUAAUAUUACACAAACUGCAAUUUUCUGUCAGUUAAGUGAUUGUUUUGUCCAGUUUUCUGUUAAAAAGGAAAGAAUCCAGCCAAACAGCCAAAAACAUAUCUAUGAACAUGACCAGUCUUAAGCAGUUGAUGUACAGAGACUGAAGGUUCACCAAAUAUUAUCACACUUGGACAAAUUCUUCUGGUUAUUUCAAGAUGAGUUUAUUUGCCUAUGUUUGUCAUAGAUUAAGACUGAGUUGGAAGAGUCAGGACAGUGUAACGAGGGUAUAAGUGUUGAUUUUGUAUUUGGUUUUCAUGCUUACUUCAAACAGGACAGAUGAAAAUUUAAUUGGAUUUUGUAAAAUGUAUACAUUUCCACUUCUGUAGUACCUGGUAUGAUAUUCCUUGGAGGGCUUGGGAUUGUUGUAGUACAGGUGUUGUGUCACUCAUUCAUUCAGUGUUUCAAACGUCUAACAUGUGACCACGUCUAUGUGAAACAAUAUGUGUGUAUAUAUUCUUAUUAUGAUUGUGUGCACAUGAAGACAAAUUAUGAGGAGUAUGAUUUCCCUUUUUUAACAGUUUUAUUUACUGGUCUAUAUAUAUAUAUAUAUAUAAUGAUUCUAUUUUGUACUGACUCUUAAGAAACUUCACCAAAAGUUUAGUCAUCAGUGCAAUUACGCGAUUAAGGAACAUCUGUUCUUGUAGUGUACAGAUUUUUCUUUUUAUAAUAUGAUGUUUUUGUUUCGGCAAUAUGGAAUACAUGUUUCUGUACAUGCUAAAUAAACUUGGUAGACCA